AACAUAAUAAACAAAGACUACUAAUCUUCGCAAAAACAUCAAACGCCGACACAUCAUUCCCUGAUUCAGACAAGAUGGUGCACAACAUCCGAACUAAGGACGAGUUCCAAGACGCGCUUAAGAACUACUCUGUCGUGGUUGUCGAUUUCUACUCUACUCAUGCCGCUGAGUCAAAGAACAUUGCUCCCACAUUUGCCCAUGCAAACGAGCUUGACAAGUUCAAGGACUUUCGAUUUCUCAAGAUCGACAUCGAUGAUCUCAAGGGUCUAGCGGAGGAGCUUGGAGUCUCAAAGCCUGCCUCUUUCCAAAUGUACAAGAAUGGAGAGAAGAUUAAUGACCUACAGAGUGAUCAGACGGAGGACCUCAUUCAAUUUCUGGAAACUGGUCUGUAGAAGAAGGAUUGACUAAUUAAUGAGCCACGCCAUCAAUUAAUACAGCAUCAAUAACAGACCUGCCACCAAG